GCACGUUCCCUGGACCAAAGAAGCGGAUGGGCGGUGGUGCACUGGCGCGCUCUCAGGCUAUGGUGAAUAAUGAGGUGAGACUCCCUCGUUCCUCUACUUUUCACCACUUUGUGGGUGCAGGGGAUGUUCCACCUGUGCCUCCGAUUCCCGAGAAGUACAAGAGCGCGUCUAUGUCUAUGCUUGUUCCAGCAAAAGAGCCCUUCGAGAGUUCCACGAGAAAUCCGACAGGGACAAUACAAGAAGAAUCUCGAAAGACGAGUCCUGAUUCCGGCGAUAGCUCAGUUACUGCGCUUCCGACUAUGCUCGGCUCUGGCGACGUGCAGCAGAACAAUGGUUCCGAUAAAGCCUGGAUUAAGAAGCCUCGUUUGGCGGGAAAGAAGUCAAAACUUAGCAUCCACAUCCCAACAACUGGUCGAUCGUUCUCUGCCAAGUCUAGUUGCGUGUGGUCUGCGAAGACCCCGCAAGACCUAGACAUCGCUGACAUUGGUGUCUCUCUACAGGUGAAAGACUACAUGCCAGCGUUGUACUGGGCCGGCCGUUUUCAAUCGCGUUACGACCAAUGGCGCACCGAGGCGAUGCAGGACGAGCUGAAUCCUGACUAUCAUAUGAGCGGACCGCUCGCGCACUAUAACGUGCAUCAAGAGAAUGUAGCAGCAUGCCACAUUUUCAUUCAGCUUCGAGAAUUAUGUCUCUCGCAUCUAGCAGCAGACAGUCUAUGGGAAUUCGAAUAUAAAUACCGUCAAGACCACAACUUGCUUGGAACCGAUGUGCCCCCAUUGAACGCUAAGCCUGAAGACGGAAAUCAAGGGCCGUUAGGCCGCGCCAUACGGAAGAUGACGCCGCGGAAGAGUAGCUUUGUCAAUCUGUUGAAAGGAAAGGGUUGGAAUGCGGAAGACGUGACUGACCGUGAUGUCACACUUCGCAAGGCCUCCGAGACAUCUGAAGAGAGCCACCUAGGAUGAGACCGCCGGCUACAAUGGAACACGAUGCCUCUACAAUAUAAGAUGGACGAUGUGACGAAACGUAUGACAUUAUGGACACGACUUCCGAGAAUUGCUUCUGUAUCAUGUGGAAAGCGAUGUUGUUCGGAGCGAAAGAUGUUGAG